AUGCAUUGCGGCCGUUCGUUUCUAGCUUCCGGUCCUCAGAAGCUAUACGUUGCUAACAGACGUUGAUGCAGAUGUUAUACCGAAUGUAAUGUGUUUAAGAGACUUUUAAAACACAUGCAAUGAGCUAGUUUAUCAUUGGACGGUGAUUUAUCCGUUAAACCGUGUUUUUGUUGCCUCCCGUUCUUUGUUCGGAGCUUUGUAUACCACGUAUAGCAUGAUCGCACAAGUAAAGGCAUUAAAGGGAGAUUAGUGUGUUUUAACGGCAGUGUUUUAUCAAGGAGAAGAAAGACUGAGGAACCAGGACGAAGAGGAGAGAGAGACACAGCCGGAGAAGGAGCACUGAGAGCAGCAUGGAGGAGAAUAAAAAGACCCCUGGAGAUCAGAAACUGAAAGGAAGAGAAAGACGUCACGGCUGUCAGCAAUGUGAAAAAUACUUUACAACAUCUGCACAUUUAAAGUGCCACCUGCGUAUUCACACUGGAGAAAAGCCGUACAGCUGUGAAGAGUGUGGGAAUACAUUCACUAGAUCUGGUAAUCUCAAAGCACAUCAACGUAUUCACACUGGAGAAAGACCGUACAGCUGUGAAGAGUGUGGGAAAACGUUCACUGCAUCAGGUGAUCUCCAAAAACAUGAACGUAUUCAUACAGGAGAAAAACCGUACAGCUGUGAGUUGUGUGGGAAGACAUUCAGGGAAUCGGGUAAUCUAAAAAAACAUAAACGUAUUCACACUGGAAAAAAACCGUACAGCUGUGAAGACUGUGGGACAACGUUCAAGACAUCAACUGAACUCAAAUCACAUCAACGUAUUCACACUGGAGAAAGACCGUACAGCUGUGAAGAGUGUGGGAAAACGUUCACUGCAUCAGGUGAUCUCCAAAAUCAUCAACAUAUUCAUACAGGAGAAAAACCGUACAGCUGUGAGUUGUGUGGGAAGACAUUCAGGGAAUCGGGUUAUCUAAAAAAACAUCAACGUAUUCACACUGGAGAAAAACCGUAUAGUUGUGAAGAGUGUGGGAAGACAUUCACGGAAUCGGGUAAUCUAAAAAAACAUCAACUUAUUCACACCGGAGAAAAACCGUACAGCUGUGAAGAGUGUGGGACAACAUUCACUCAAUCAGGUGAUCUCCGAAAACAUCAACGUAUUCAUACUGGAGAAAAACCGUACAGCUGUGAAGAGUGUGGGAAAACAUUCAGGGUAUCAAGUGCUCUCCAAAAUCAUCAACGUAUUCACACUGGAGAAAAACCGUACUGGUGUGAAGAGUGUGGGAAAAUGUUCACUUCAUCAGGUGCUCUCCAAAAACAUCAACGUAUUCACACAGGAGAAAAACCGUACUGGUGUGAAGAGUGUGGGAAAACGUUCACUACAUCAAGUGAGCUCCAAAAACAUCAACGUAUUCACUCAGGAGAAAAACCGUACUGGUGUGAAGGGUGUGGGAAAACGUUCACUACAUCAAGUGAUCUCCAAAAACAUCAACGUAUUCACUCAGGAGAAAAACCGUACUGGUGUGAAGGGUGUGGGAAAACGUUUUCUCAAAGUUCUCACCUUAAGCUCCACGAGCGAAUCCACACCUUAUAGUUUUGAACAACUAUGAGAAGGCAAGGCAAGGCAAGGCAAGUUUAUUUAUAUAGCACUUUUCAACACAAGGCAAUUCAAAGUGCUUUACAAAAAAUGAAAGAGAUUAAGAAAAUGGCAUUUAAAAUCAGUCAUUAAAAAGAAAAGCUAAUAAAAUAAACAUUAAAA